AUGGGGAAAGGAGGAGGAUGCGUUCCGAGCAAGAAGAAGAAGCCGUCGUCUCUCACCGGAGAUGGUACCGGAAUCAACGACGACGACACUACCAAUGCUCCGAUCCCAAUCGAGGAUGAUCGGACCACCGUCGACGGAGAUCGAACGACGGCGACGAAUACACCGGCGAUUACGAUCUCAUCGCCGCUUAAGAUCUUCGUUGUGUACUAUUCGAUGUACGGACACGUGGAGAGUUUAGCGAAGAGGAUGAAAAAGGGGGUCGAUAGUGUUGACGGAGUUGAGGCGAGGUUGUAUAGAGUUCCGGAGACGUUAUCUCAGGAGGUUGUUGAGCAGAUGAAGGCACCGGGGAAGGAUUCUGAGAUCCCGGAGAUUACGGCGGCGGAAUUAGCGGCGGCUGAUGGGUUUUUGUUUGGGUUUCCGACUAGGUAUGGUUGUAUGGCUGCUCAAAUGAAAGCUUUCUUUGAUUCUACGGGACAACUGUGGAAAGAGCAGAGUCUUGCUGGUAAACCUGCUGGGUUCUUUGUGAGUACUGGGACUCAAGGAGGUGGUCAAGAGACUACUGCAUGGACAGCGAUCACACAGCUCGUGCACCACGGGAUGCUAUUUGUCCCGAUAGGAUACACAUUUGGAGCAGGAAUGUUCAAGAUGGACUCGAUCCGUGGAGGCUCACCUUAUGGAGCCGGUGUGUUUGCUGGUGAUGGAUCAAGAGAAGCAACAGAAACAGAACUUGCUCUUGCUGAACAUCAAGGAAACUACAUGGCUGCUAUUGUCAAGAGACUUGCACAACCUUAA